UGCAAAGGCCUGGUCAUACCGACGUCCCUGAGCCUGGCAAUUCGGCAACAUUCUACUUCGACACAUCUCGCUCAGAAGUCCUCAUGGACGCAUCCAAGGUUAGUCUACACUACUUGCGUGAUCACUUGCUUCUCUAACUCAUUUACUUUGGGCAGCUACACAAAAAAGCAAAUCGUCGAUGUUCAAACUGCCCAUCGCAAGGCAUCCAACUGGCAAGAUAGAGUUGCCCUGAGUACAGUCAAGGUCCUUCGCUGGGGCAUGGACUUUGUCACAGGUUACGGAUCAUAUUCACCGAUCAGCAUGUCUGUCCCGAAGACUCGCACAAUGACCGAACAAAAGUGGCUCACAAGAUUUAUCUUCCUGGAGAGCGUGGCGGGUGUUCCUGGCAUGGUAGCAGGCAUGCUCCGUCAUCUCAAGUCUAUUCGGAUGAUGAGGCGGGAUCACGGAUGGAUCGAAACACUCCUCGAGGAGGCCUAUAACGAGAGAAUGCACCUUCUCACGUUCCUCAAAUUAGCCGAACCUACUUGGACUAUGCGCUGUAUGGUCCUCGGCGCCCAAUGGGUAUUCUUCAGUGGUUUUUCCCUCGCGUACUUGAUUUCACCGCAGAUCUGUCACCGAUUCGUGGGAUAUCUCGAGGAGGAAGCCGUCAUAACUUACUCGAAGGCAAUCAAGGAUUUCGAUGAUGGACAUCUUCCUCUGUGGGAGAAACUUGAAGCACCAGAGAUGGCAAUCAAGUAUUGGCAAAUGCCGGAGAAUAAUCGCUGCAUGCGGUCGCUUUUGCUCUAUGUUCGAGCCGAUGAGGCCAAUCAUCGUGAUGUCAACCAUACACUUGGGAACUUGAACCAAACCGACCCAAAUCCCUUCGCAGCGAAACCCAAGAUUGAUAUUGGACUGCCCACUCUCCAGCAAAAUGGACAAGUGAAGAAUUGA